UAAACAGUACAGCAAACAUGGCUACCUCCGUCAGGAAAGCAGCCCACGAUAUCGAAGCGCGAAAGCGGACCGAAGACGUGAUUCUGUCGGAGGGGAUCGACUUCGGUUCCUUGCUGCUGUCUCAGCCCGUGUUGGACGGACUGUCCGCCGCGGGAUUUCAGAAGCCGUCUCCGAUCCAGCUCAAGGCGAUCCCGCUCGGCCGCUGCGGACUCGAUUUGAUUGUACAGGCCAAGUCUGGGACAGGAAAGACAUGCGUGUUCUGCACCAUCGCCCUGGACUCUCUGGUCCUGGAGAAUCCUUCAACCCAGGUUCUUGUGCUGGCUCCAACACGUGAGAUAGCGGUGCAGAUCCACUCGGUGGUCAUGGCCAUAGGCUGUGCCAUGGAGGGCCUGGAGUGCCAUGUUUUCAUUGGCGGCAGGCCUGUGAGUCAGGACAAAACCCACCUGAAGAAGUGUCAUGUAGCCGUGGGCUCACCUGGUCGCAUCAAGCAGCUUAUCGAGUUGGGCAUGUUGUCAACGGCCAGCAUCAGACUGUUUGUUCUGGAUGAGGCAGACAAGCUGCUGGAGGAGGGCAGCUUCCAGGAACAGAUAAACUGGAUCUUCUCCUCGCUGCCCGUGAACAAACAGAUGCUCGCACUCUCCGCCACCUACCCAGAAUCCCUUGCUCAGCACCUCACCCGCUACAUGAGAGAGCCCACCUUUGUACGGCUAAAUCCAAGUGACAUGGGCCUGAAAGGUCUGAAGCAGUAUUACAAGCUGGUUCAGUCCCAUCCGUUACCUCACAAGGUUUUUGAGGAGAAGGUGCAGCACUUGCUAGAGCUGUUCAGUAAAAUGCCCUUCAAUCAAGCACUGGUGUUUUCCAACCUACACACACGGGCUCAGCACCUGGCAGACAUCCUGUCCUCCAAAGGUCUGCCUGCUGUUUGCAUCUCUGGUGGUCUGAGUCAGGACCAGAGGCUGGAGGCAAUGUCAAAACUGAAGCAUUACCAGUGCAGGGUGCUCAUCUCCACUGAUCUGACUUCAAGAGGUAUAGAUGCAGAGAAGGUGAACUUGGUGAUAAACCUGGAUGUGCCGCAGGAUUGGGAAACUUACAUGCACAGAAUUGGACGAGCUGGACGUUUUGGCACUCAGGGACUGGCUGUGACCUACUGUUGCCAUGGCGAGGAGGAGAACAAGAUGAUGGCCAUCGCUCAGAAGUGUGGCCUCAGUUUGUCUGCGCUGCCAUCCACAAUAGAGCCCGGGUUGAUGGAUGAGCCGUGCGACUGGGAUGUCUGCACCGAAGCGUCCACUCCAGACCCGGUAUCCCGGCUGUUUCCCAGAGCAGAGAAGAAAAGACGUACAAAGCCUGACGUCUCUGUGUCUGACUGCAUUGAGGAUCGAGCUGUGGAGCCCGGCAGUCAAAGAAAGCCAGAGAAGAAGCAUCCACCGCCCAGGCGAGAGGCGGUCUGUGAAGAGGAUGCUAGAAAGAUAUCUUCCACAGAGGACACUCUGCCUGCUCAGGUGACACAGACUCGAAAAGAGCUCCAAGACAGUCUGCCUAAGAUCCCUCCUCUCAGCUCGUUUAAGAACUGCAGGUCAAAGUUUGUGCCCUUUGAGGAGGCUGAGCGGGACUUCGAGGACUUCAUCACUAAAGGUCCUGGGAGAUCGGUGGAGGUCAUCAGAGAGUUCAGAGGCAGAGAGGAUGGUGAACCCAGCGAUCAGAAUGGGCAUAAGGAGUAUCUUACACUUGAUGAUGAUGAUGGAGCGCAAAUAUUUACACGAAAUGUCGAACAGCUUAAAUCACCUCCAAGUUCCAUCUCUGGUUCUUCCAGCUCUGAAUCUGACAUGGAAGAUGAUGUGACACUGGAAAGUUUAAAUGAGACCACAGGAGCUGUCACUAAGCCUCAGAUUGCAAUGACACAUCCACCUACUCCACCCACACAACAAGAAAGCCCCUCCAAACCCAAAGCUUAUAUUCCUCCUCCACUCAGAAACUCUGACCAGACACUGUGUGCAACACGUGGGAGAACUGUGCCUCCUCCCGAUAGCCGGGAACCUGCAUUGAGCAUUAAAUCAAGCAGGCAAACCAAUCAGACAGCUCCGGCCCCAGCUCGCCGAGAAGAAUCAAAAAAGAUGAAAAAAGAGACUGAAAAACAGAAAGAAAAGCUCUCAGAAAAGAUGAAAAGGGACCGAAAGAGGGAAAAGAAAGAAGAAGAAGAAGACUGCACUGACAAAGAGGACGAGUGGUGUGCUGAAUCUUACUGGAGAGCCUGCUACAGAGCCUGGAAUGAUUACUACGCCUCCAUGUCCCCUUUUCAAGAGCAAGGCUACCAAAGCUACUAUAAUGUAACCUACAACUGGAUGGCAGCUUAUCGUAUGAAUGCCGUCUACAUGGAAGAACUAAUGAAAAAAUGAGUUGUGGAUACUGUGAAUUUUUUUUUUUUUUUUUUAUUUAAUCAUCCUAUUUUCCAAAAAUAAAGUGUCUCUACUACGCCACUUGAUUCAUAUUUGCACUUUGGCUAGUAUACGUUGCACUAUUUUUUUCUCCCCCCCAUAACAUGUUGGUAUCAUAAAUACUUUUCUAAUAAAUUACCAGGACAUGUAUUUUGUUUUUUUCCAGUCAAGUUGUGAUGUAAAAAAAUAAAUCUUCAAGUGCA